GGGUCGUUAAUGAAGUGAAAGGCAUCCUGCGCCUCAAACCAAACCAACCCCCCAUUACAUUACAAACACUCUUCUUCAAUGACUUUGGAUCUUCUUAAUUUCAAUUAUAAAUACUGCAUAAAAACAUCAUCUUUUUACAUAUAUGAUUCUUCAGUACAUAUAUGUUGUACAUUAUAUUAUACGAUCCUUCCAUUUGAUUCAACAACAAAAUAGCACAAAUUGUCAAUUCUGAUGAAUAUUUAGUUUCCCAGUUGCCCAUUUCACCCCUUUCAUCAACGGGUUCAUUGUUGUUGGUUCAUGCAGUCGACCUCAUCCUUUUUGCGAAUAAGGCUUUCUGCAUUAAGAGGCGCAGUGGACUGGUAUUUGGGCAAUACCAAGCAGGGGUUGGUGUUUUAACCAAGGAAGAUACAAAGAUGGCGACUUUAGUGAGAACUCUUGAUUACCUCAAUGGAGCAACUCUACCGAGGAAUUCUACAACAUUGCCCAUGGUUGAUGAGUUCUGUUAUGCCCUUGGAGGGAAGAGGCCAAUCCAUAGUAUUUUGAUUGCAAACAAUGGAAUGGCAGCUGUCAAAUUUAUAAGAAGUGUCCGGACAUGGGCUUACGAGACAUUUGGAACUGAGAAGGCUAUAUCAUUAGUAGCCAUGGCUACUCCAGAAGAUAUGAGAAUCAACGCAGAGCAUAUUCGGAUGGCUGAUCAGUUUGUUGAAGUCCCUGGUGGGACUAACAACAACAAUUAUGCCAAUGUGCAGCUCAUUGUUGAGAUGGCGGAAAUCACACAUGUUGACGCUGUUUGGCCUGGUUGGGGACAUGCGUCUGAGAUACCUGAGCUGCCAGAUGCACUUACUGCCAAGGGGAUUGUAUUUCUAGGACCCCCUGCUGUAUCUAUGGCCGCUCUUGGAGAUAAAAUUGGUUCAUCAUUGAUUGCUCAAGCUGCAGAUGUUCCGACUCUUCCAUGGAGUGGUUCUCAUGUAAGAGUUCCUGUUGAAAGUUGCCUAGAUACAAUUCCUGAUGACAUAUACAAGGCAGCCUGUGUUUUUACCACAGAGGAAGCAAUUGCUAGCUGUCAAGUUGUUGGUUAUCCUGCUAUGAUUAAGGCUUCUUGGGGUGGUGGAGGGAAAGGAAUAAGAAAGGUUCAUAACGACGAUGAAGUAAGGGCGUUGUUCAAGCAAGUGCAGGGUGAAGUUCCUGGCUCACCGGUAUUCAUAAUGAAGGUGGCUUCACAGAGUCGACAUUUAGAAGUACAGUUGCUCUGUGAUCAAUAUGGCAAUGUUGCCGCAUUGCACAGCCGUGAUUGUAGUGUUCAAAGGCGGCACCAGAAGAUUAUCGAGGAGGGUCCGAUAACCGUAGCUCCACCAGAAACAGUGAGAAAACUCGAGCAGGCAGCUAGAAGGUUGGCCAAAAGUGUAAAUUAUGUUGGAGCAGCAACUGUUGAAUAUUUGUACAGCAUGGAAACUGGCGAGUUUUACUUCCUUGAGCUGAACCCUAGGCUACAGGUGGAGCAUCCUGUUACUGAGUGGAUUGCUGAAGUAAAUCUUCCAGCUGCUCAGGUUGCAGUUGGCAUGGGCAUUCCUCUUUGGCAGAUUCCUGAAAUUAGGCGAUUCUAUGGGAAGCCACAUGGUGGGGGUUAUGAUGCUUGGAGAAAAACAGCACUCGCGGCUAUUCCUUUUGAUUUUGAUAAGGCACAGUCUGUGAAACCAAAAGGUCACUGUAUUGCUGUACGUGUGACAAGCGAGGACCCAGAUGAUGGGUUCAAGCCUACAAGUGGGAAAGUACAGGAACUGAGUUUCAAAAGCAAACCAAAUGUGUGGGCCUACUUCUCUGUUAAGUCAGGAGGAGGCAUCCAUGAAUUCUCAGAUUCUCAAUUUGGCCAUGUUUUUGCAUUUGGUGAAUCGAGAGGCAUGGCCGUAGCAAAUAUGGUUCUUGGCCUGAAAGAAAUUCAGAUUCGAGGAGAAAUUCGCACGAAUGUUGAUUAUACCAUCGACCUUCUAAAUUCUUCAGAUUACAGAGAUAACAAAAUCCAUACAGGUUGGUUGGAUAGCAGAAUUGCAAUGAGGGUCAGAGCUGAAAGGCCCCCCUGGUACAUCUCUGUCGUGGGAGGAGCGCUAUAUAAAGCUUCUGCUAGUAGUGCAGCUACUGUUUCAGAAUAUAUUGGCUAUCUCGAGAAAGGUCAAAUUCCUCCAAAGCAUAUAUCACUUGUCCACUCGGAAGUUUCUCUAAAUAUUGAGGGGAGCAAAUACACUAUUGAAAUGGUGAGGGGUGGUCCUGGAAGCUACAGAUUAAAACUGAACGAGUCAGAUAUUGAGGCAGAAAUACAUACAUUAAGAGAUGGGGGUCUCUUGAUGCAGUUGGAUGGGAACAGUCACGUGAUAUAUGCGGAGGAAGAAGCAGCAGGAACUCGUCUUCUUAUUGAUGGACGAACUUGUUUGCUUCAGAACGAUCACGAUCCUUCAAAGUUAAUCGCGGAGACACCUUGUAAGCUAAUGCGGUAUUUGGUACCAGAUAAUAGUCAUGUUGAUGCAGAUACACCAUAUGCUGAAGUUGAGGUUAUGAAGAUGUGUAUGCCUUUGCUUUCCCCUGCAUCUGGUGUAAUUCAGUUUAAGCUUUCUGAAGGUCAAGCUAUGCAGGCUGGUGAGCUUAUAGCAAGACUAGAGCUGGAUGAUCCAUCUGCUGUAAGAAAAGCUGAACCUUUCCGGGGUAGUUUUCCUCUCCUGGGACCUCCAACUGCAAUAUCAGGAAAAGUUCACCAGAGAUGUGCCGCGAGUUUAAGUGCAGCUCGGAUGAUUCUUGCAGGCUAUGAACACAACAUAGAUGAAGUCGUUCAAAGUUUGCUGGUCUGUCUUGAUAGUCCUGAACUUCCUUUCUUACAAUGGCAAGAAUGCUUGUCUGUCCUGACAACCAGGCUUCCCAAAGAGCUUAGGCAUGAGUUGGAAUCGAAAUAUAAAGAUUUUGAAGGAAUUACCAAUACCUAUAGCAUUGAAUUUCCUGCGAAGUUGUUGAAAAGUGUUCUUGAGGCACAUUUGAGCUCAUACCCUGAGAAAGAGAGAGGUGCUCAAGAAAGGCUUAUUGAGCCUCUAAUGAGUCUUGUAAAGUCUUAUGAAGGCGGGAGAGAGAGCCAUGCUCGUGUUAUUGUUCAGUCUCUGUUUGAAGAAUAUUUAUCAGUUGAAGAGUUGUUCAGUGACAAUAUCCAGGCUGAUGUCAUUGAACGUCUCCGCCUUCAGUAUAAAAAAGAUCUCUUGAAGAUUGUUGACAUGGUAGUGUCACAUCAGGGAGUUAAGAAUAAAAAUAAACUGAUCCUACGACUCAUGGAACAACUGGUUUACCCAAAUCCUGCUGCAUACAGGGAAAAACUUAUCCGUUUCUCGCAACUGAACCAUACGAUGUACUCUGAGUUGGCACUCAAGGCUAGUCAAUUGCUUGAACAAACCAAAUUGAGUGAGCUCCGUUCUAAUAUUGCAAGAAACCUUUCCGAGCUAGAAAUGUUUACAGAGGAUGGAGAAAACAUGGAUACUCCUAAAAGAAAAAGUGCUAUUAAUGAACGUAUGGAGGCUCUUGUGAGUACUCCGCUUGCUGUUGAAGAUGCUCUUGUAGGUUUGUUCGAUCACAGUGAUCAUACACUACAGAGGCGGGUUGUUGAGACCUAUGUCAGGAGGCUUUAUCAGCCUUAUCUUGUCAAGGGAAGUGUCAGGAUGCAGUGGCACAGAUCUGGCCUCAUUGCUUCUUGGGAGUUCAUGGAGGAGCACGUUGAAAAAACUAACGACUCUGAUGAUCUUGAAAAACACAGUGAGAGAAAAUGGGGGGCCAUGGUUGUUAUUAAAUCUCUUCAGUUUCUGCCAGCAGUGAUUACUGCAGCGUUGAGAGAAACAACUCAGAACUCUGAGGAAACACUUUUGUGUGGCUCUUCAGAACCAACCAGCCACGGCAACAUGUUGCACAUUGCACUUGCGGGGGUGAAUAAUCAAAUGAGCUUGUUGCAGGAUAGUGGUGAUGAAGAUCAGGCUCAAGAGAGAAUCGAUAAGUUGGCCAAAACUCUGAGAGAAAAAGAAGUCAGUUCAGGUCUUCGUGAUGUCGGUGUUGGGGUGGUUAGUUGCAUUAUACAAAGAGAUGAAGGGCGAACGCCAAUGAGGCAUUCAUUUUAUUGGUCAGAAGAAAAACUUUACUAUAGUGAGGAACCUUUACUGCGUCAUGUGGAACCUCCUCUAUCUAUAUAUCUUGAACUGGACAAGCUCAAGGGCUAUGAACAUAUCAAAUAUACUCCUUCCCGGGAUCACCAAUGGCAUCUCUACACCGUCAUGGACCAGCCACGCAUCCAGAGGAUGUUUUUGCGAACACUUGUUCGACAACCCAUCUCUGAGUUCUCAGGGAUCGAACUAGGAGCUCUUCGAACACAAAGGCCCAUAUCUUUUACAUCAAGAAGCAUCCUGAGGUCUUUAACAGCUGCAAUGGAAGAGUUAGAACUUAAUGCACACAGUGCUGCCUUGAAACCCGAUCAUGCUCAUAUGUACCUUUAUAUAGUUAGAGAGCAACAAAUACAUGAUCUUGUGCCAUAUAAUAGGGAGGUGAAUAUAGAUGACCAACAAGAAGAGGCAGCUGUUCAGGUCCUUUUGGAAGAGCUUGCGCGUGAAAUUCAUAGCUUGGCUGGGGUUAGAAUGCACAGAUUAAAUGUUUGUGAGUGGGAAGUGAAGCUUUGGAUGUCAUCUUCUGGGCAAGCCAAUGGUUCUUGGAGAGUCACAGUUACUAAUAUGACUGGUCAUACCUGCUCUGUACAUGUUUACCGCGAGUUGGAGGAUAACAGGCUACACGAAAUGGUCUACCAUUCUGUAUCUGUUCAUGGACCCCUUCAUGGAGUACCUGUGAAUGCACCCUAUCAACCUCUAGGGAUCAUCUCCCGUAAGAGACUUCAGGCCAUGAAAAGCAGCACAACUUAUUGCUAUGAUUUCCCAUCGGCUUUCUCCACUGCCCUGGAGCAAUCAUGGGCAUCUCAAGCUCCAGAUGUGAAGAAACCUUCUGACAAAGUACUUUUGAAAGUAAAAGAGCUAGUGUUUGCUGAUCCAGAAGGCACCUGGGGUACUCCAUUAGUUCCGAUGGAUCGCGAACCUGGUCUUAAUGAUGUUGGCAUGGUGGCCUGGUCCAUGGAAAUGUCAACUCCUGAGUUCCCUGGUGGAAGGACAAUAUUGGUUGUAGCAAAUGAUAUUACUUUCAGGGUUGGAUCUUUCGGACCAAGAGAAGAUGCUUUCUUUCUUGCAGUUACAGAUCUUGCUUGUGCCAAGAAACUUCCUUUAAUUUAUUUGGCUGCUAAUUCAGGGGCUCGACUUGGUGUUGCUGAAGAGUUAAAAUCCUGCUUUAAAGUUGGUUGGUCCGAUGAGUCAAACCCCGAGUGUGGGUUCCAGUAUGUCUACUUAACUCCUGAAGAUUAUGGUCGUAUAGGGUCAUCAGUUAUAGCCCAUGAAUUAAAACUCGAAGAUGGUGAAAGUCGAUGGGUUAUUGACACUGUUGUGGGUAAGGAAGACGGAUUAGGUGUUGAGAACUUAUCAGGAAGUGGAGCUAUAGCCAGUGCCUACUCAAGGGCUUACAAGGAAACAUUUACUCUAACUUUUGUGACAAGCAGGACAGUUGGUAUUGGUGCUUAUCUUGCUCGUCUUGGAAUGCGUUGUAUACAGAGGCUUGAUCAACCCAUAAUUCUGACUGGCUUUUCUGCAUUAAAUAAACUUCUUGGUCGGGAAGUUUACAGUUCACAAAUGCAACUUGGUGGUCCAAAGAUAAUGGGGACAAAUGGGGUUGUGCAUCUGACGGUUUCUGAUGAUCUUGAAGGCAUAUCAGCUAUUGUGAAGUGGCUGAGCUAUGUUCCAGCUUAUUUAGGUGGUGAACUUCCAAUAACACGCUCUUUAGACCCUCCAGAAAGGCAGGUUCAAUAUCUGCCUGAAAAUUCCUGUGAUCCCCGUGGUGCUAUAUCUGGUGUUGUUGACCCUAAAGGUAAAUGGCUUGGUGGUAUUUUUGACAAGGAUAGUUUUGUUGAAACAUUAGAAGGCUGGGCAAGAACAGUUGUCACAGGAAGGGCUAAACUUGGAGGGAUUCCUGUUGGUAUAGUUGCAGUUGAGACACAGACUGUGAUGCAAGUUAUCCCAGCAGAUCCUGGUCAACUCGAUUCUCAUGAGAGAGUGGUACCACAAGCAGGGCAAGUAUGGUUCCCAGAUUCUGCAACCAAAACAGCACAAGCCUUGUUAGAUUUCAACCGGGAAGAACUUCCACUUUUUAUUCUGGCUAACUGGAGAGGCUUCUCAGGUGGGCAAAGGGACCUCUUUGAAGGUAUCCUUCAGGCAGGAUCCACAAUUGUUGAGAACCUUAGGACUUAUAACCAACCUGUUUUUGUUUAUAUCCCCAUGAUGGGUGAGCUUCGUGGUGGGGCAUGGGUUGUUGUGGAUAGUCGGAUUAAUCCAGACCAUAUUGAAAUGUAUGCUGACCGGACAGCUAAAGGAAAUGUACUUGAGCCUGAAGGAAUGAUUGAGAUCAAGUUUAGAACCAACGAAUUACUUGAGUGUAUGGGAAGGCUCGAUCAAACACUAAUCAGUCUCAAGGAAAAACUUGUUGAAGCCAAGGGCACUAAUUCCUAUACUAAUAUUCAACUUCUGAAACAGCAAAUCACAGCUCGGGAGAAGCAACUUUUGCCUGUAUAUACUCAGAUAGCCACCAAAUUUGCUGAAUUGCAUGAUACUUCUCUAAGGAUGGCUGCCAAAGGAGUUGUCAGGGAAGUCCUGGAUUGGAAAAAUUCCCGUUCAUUCUUUUACAAGAGAUUAUACAGGAGAAUAAUGGAGGAAUCACUUAUCAAGACUGCUAGAAAUGCUGCUGGUGAAGGGUUAACCCAUAAAUCUGCCAUGGAAAUGAUUGAGAAAUGGUUCUGUGAGUCUGAUAUUGCAACUAGAAAGGAUGGAAGUGCUUGGGAUGAUGAUGAAGCUUUCUUCAGGUGGAAGAACAAUCCUGCUAACUAUGAAGAGAACCUAACAGAGUUGCGCGUACAGAAGGUGUUUAAUCAGUUGUCAAAUAUCGGUAACUCAGCAUCAGAUUUGAGAGCUCUUCCUCAGGGUCUUUCUGCCCUACUUGAAAAGGUGGAUUCAUCGAGUCGAGCACAACUUGUAGAUGAACUCAGGAAAGUGCUCACCUGAUGUGGUGAACAAGUGUUGUUGAAUCAGGAAAUUUUGCCAGGUGAUGUGCGUGCAACUGGUGCAGUAACUCCUGUGUCGUUUCCUUGAAUUGUAUAUAAAGGAAAUCUCAUAAUUCAAUUGGGCAACUCAUUGUAGUUUAUGGUUUGCCCCAUUUUGUAUCAAUCUUUGUAAUAAUUUUAUUAACUUUUUAUUAUUGAUAAUGCUCGAUCUAGAUGUUCAAGCUUUUCGGCUGAGGAUUCAGUUAAUAUUAAUCCCUCGUCUUCUGCUGUCA